AUGAAUAAAACUAUUGAAGUAGAUUGUACUAGACAUUGUAAGUCAAGGAUUCAUGGACAGGUUUUGACUAGUGCCAUAACCAAGAGAUCUAUUAGUGAUGAAUCUCUUGCCAGUUUUAUUAAAUCAACUUGUGCUAAUUUUGCCAAGGCAUUUGAUUUUGAGGGUCGAACUGCUUUGCACAUGACUGCAUCUAGAGGCAGAAAUGGCUUAAUGGAAUGGCUUGUACGUCAUUCCUCUGACGCAUUCAUAAAUGCUCGCGAUCGAGAAUCAGGUUAUACUCCAUUGCAUAGAAGUAUUUUCUAUGGGCAAAUACAUUCUGCAGUUGCUCUUAUGAAACUUGGUGUUAACACAGAUAUCCAAGAUAAAGAUGAUUAUAAAGCAAUAGAGCAUGCUAUGCUCGAUAAGCACUAUAUGUACAAACAAUCUGGCUCAGAGCCCUGCGACGCUUAUGUAUGGGGAAGUAACACAAACUAUACAUUGGGAACGGGAUCCCAACAGCCGAAGAACGUUCCUGAUCUGCUUGGUUGCUUCAGCCGUGCCAAUGCUAAUCUUAGACAGGUAUGUCUUGGUAAAUUCCAUAGCGUAUGGGUAUGUGGCUCUAACGAUAAUGGGGAAGCAUGGUGUGCCGGCCAACCGGCUCGUGCGGGUGGUCCUCAUACCACCGCUCUACGUCCUACACCGCUUAAACUAUCCGAGCCAUGUCUACAAGUUGCUAUCACAUUGACGUCGACUGUCUUCUUACUACAGAGUGGAGCGGUGAUCCAAUACACAUUGAACAACACGGAGAACCCAAGCCCCUCAUCAGUUAAGAGUCCUUCUACAAUCAAGCUGGCGUCAGUCAAACCGCUUAUAAAGUUAUCUCAGCCGUUGGGCAUUAGUGCGGGACGCUCCCACGCUGUGGUCUGGAACAAGAACGCGGUGUACACCUGGGGACUAAACUUGGGCCAGUUGGGACAUCCUCAGGAAGAGAAAGUUAUUCAAGUUCCGAAAAAGGUUGGUAUAUCGCUAAACAACAAAGAAGAAUCCAGUCUCCAACUCGUGGACGCGACGGACGCGGCUACGGUCAUAACAACCAGUCGUGGGGAUGUGUACCUUCUGCAUAGAUAUCUGUGCAAGAAGAUCGCUGUUAAGCAAAUUAAUCUCAAACAAGUGUGUGUAGAGGCGAAGGUAAAUGAACAAGGAUCAUAUUCAAGGGUGACAGUCUUACUACUGACGAACGUUGGUCAACUCAUGCUUUGGCAAGACACUACAAACAAACUGACUAGAUGCGUCUUCGGCUUAAAUCACCAAACUAUAAUAACUCACGUAGCAUUGACUCACGACGCUCUCUACUUUACGACUAAAUACGGUGAGGCGUUCAUUGGCAGUAUAUCGCGCAAAGCCACGCCCCCUCCCGCUCAACCAAUCAGGAAAGAGAGGGAAAGAGACAAUAAAUCCGCCCUAGUCAAGUUUUUAGAAAAGGACGACUGCACGUCUGUGAGGAUCACCAAAAUACCAAAUAUACAUAGGGCGGUGGAAAUUGCAGUUGAUAGUGAAGGGCUCAAUUUUGCAUGUCUUCAGACGAAACCAACAUGUGGUUUGACAUCUUUACCAGAUUUAUCUGCAUCUUGUCUCACCAAGCAUAUGGAAUCUCUAUUCGAGACUGCCGCAGAGGAUGAUAUCUUACAUGAUGUUAUAUUUAAGGUUGGUCAAAAACAAUACCCCGCCCAUAUAUUCAUAAUCGCUUCAAGUAGUGACUACCUCUACAAAUUGUACCAAGAAAACAGCACAAAUACGCACAAACCGACAAUAAGUCUAGAUAACGUUCAUCCAGAUGUCUUUGAAAGGAUACUAAGAUAUAUGUACACGGGUACUUGUGAUGUUACUGAGUUAGGCCCCUGUGGCUUGAAAAUAAGGAGGGAGGAUUUAAUUGGUGCGAAGAAAGAGAAUAUUGACACUGAAGAUGUUAUAGAUAAUCCAACAGAGAUAUCAGCAUUCGAAGUGUACAAAAACCAGGAUAAAAAGAAAGGACGUCGUCGUAACGCUGAGACCCCUCCACGAGUGAAUAUGUAUUGCAACCCAAUCAAGUUGGUUCAAGCUACGGCUAAGAGAUUGCAUGUAAUGGGCUUGCAUAAACUUCUCGACAAAUUCUUUUACAAGGACGGCGCAGUGUGUCUCAAAGAAAGUGCAACAUAUACAAAGAAUGUUCUAACAUGGGACCGGGAUAUGUUCCCCGAGUUAGUUGAUACCAACGUUUGUUCAAAGGAUGGCAUGUUAAUAUCGGCUCAUAAAUGUGUAUUGGCGGCCAGGCUUGAAUACUUCCAAGGAAUGUUCAUGCACUCUUGGACUGAGAGUAAGCUUCUAUCAAAAGUCACACUACCAAUAAAUUAUGGAAUACUACUACCAGUCAUUAACUUCCUAUACACAGAUACCUGUCCAGAAGUUGAGAGAUCAGACAGCAUUGACUUUAUAUGCAGCAUGCUCAUAGUAUCCGACCAGCUUUUCAUCAGCAGAUUGAGGGAAAAGUGCGAAAUAGCACUAUCUAAUCUGAUCACUUUAAAAAAUUGCACAGAACUGUGCCAAUUUGCACACACAUACAACGCUAACCAACUGAAACAAUGUUGUAUGGAAUAUAUAUCUUUAAACUUAUCCAGCAUCCUUGAGAACAGAUCUUUGGAUCUCUUAGAAGGCACCUUACUGCAAGAUAUAACUAAAUAUUACUGCAAAUUCAAUCCCAUAAUGUCUUCACGAGUUGUCACUCCAUUCUUUAACUCGCCCACCGACGAAACUAUCGAUCAAUGCGUCAAAAACUUGCCUAUAGAUUUAGAAGUAAUUGAUGAAGAUGUCAAAAGAGAUGACAGUAUCACAGAAAUAAGUAAGAAGAAGAAACAGAAGAAGAUAGAGUAUACAGAGAGUGAGAAGGCGAGAAUGAGAUACGAGUCAGUCAGUUCGGUGACGUCAUUAGACUUGUCAAACGAUACGUCCGGUGACGUCACGUUAUCCCUUACCGCGAUUCCAAAGAGUGGUGAAAAGAACACCCGUGAAACAGAAAAAUGGACAGAAGUGCCAACAUCUCAACAAAAACAGCAGAAAGUUGUUCAAGCUCGCCUCAAAGCCAUAUCUAUAGCCAAGGAUAUAUUGAAUGAGCCACCUACAAAUUCUUUCACGAAACUAACUAAAAAUAACUCUUUUAAUACCAAUAAUCAAGAACCCACUAUACCAACAACCUCCCGUCAAAUGUCAGUGUCUCCUAAGGAGUCUGAAUUUUGUUGGGGUCAAAGUAAUCUGGUUAUAAGCCAUGUUGGCCCAAAACUAUCUCAGAAACAGCGGAAGAAAUUAGCAUCGGAGAGCGAAAAGAGUCCCCAAACUUUGGAUAGCUAUCUAUCCAAUAAACUUAAUAUUGGUAGUCCACCAGACAAACCAAAAAAUCCAUGGAAAAUCUGUGAAGCACCCAUAGCUCAGAGUAGCCCCAAUAAACAAAAUGCCAUGGAGUUUAAUAAAAUUUUGGCCGAUCAAAAAAAGCAAAAGGAUGAUUCUUCAAGGAUCAUGACAAAAUCUCUUACUUUGACUCAGCUGGAAGAUAAAGCAAUCGAGGAAUUGGAGCGGUUUUACAAUGUACAUGAAGCUGACGAUGAAUUGAUAACAGUAAGGCGCAUAGAAUUGCAAGUGUCUUCUCCCCAAUGGAUUCACACUGCCCCAAAG